UGUCAUUUUGUUCAUAGAUAAAUUCAUCCCAUAGGGAUAAUGGGGCAAGCGAUGGGUACGUAUGUAAACCGGCGUAUAUUGGAUCCCGAAUAUACGCCCAACCAAGACGAAUUCACAAGGAUAGAUCCACAGUAUGGCUUUCUGGAGGGCCGUAAACCUCGAGUUAUGGUCGCCACCGUUGAAGAGAUGGAUGCUGCGCAGAUUGCUCCCAGAAAUCGCGAUUAUUGUGCUCAUUAUUUGAUCAGAUUCAAAGCGUGUAAGAAACGGAACUUUCCAUUCGUUACACGCUGCAGUCAUGAAAAGCACGAUUGGGAUUAUUGCCUUUACGAGGAUUUCGUCCUUCGAAUGAAAGAAUUUGAGCGUGAGAAACGUCUGCUGCAGCGACAGAAAAGGAAGGGGUUGCCAGGAGUCUCAGGACAGCCCGAAGCCGCAUGAAGUGUAUGAAAUCGUCUCUACCGCCGUCUAGUUUUCCUUCAGGGCAAGCGGAGUGCAAUAUGAUGUAUGGCGAAGUUUGUCAGCGGAAUUGAGCGAAGCUCCGAAGCGAUGAGAACGUUUUCUGGUGAUUCAGCGGGAUGGGCUUGGUAGAACCUUGGAAAUCUUUGCUGUUCCUCGAGUGUAGUUAUUUGUGUGUAAUGAGUAUACAAUUGUUCCUCUAUA